AGAAAGCUUUUUCAGUCUGUGAAACUAGUGAGAGUAGAACGCAUGAAGAUCUCGGAAUCCUAGACCUUGAGUCGUUUGAAGUUCUUAGUUCUACCUCGUCUAUUAUCGUUUGCAAGGCCAAUGUCAUUCGACGGCUCAGGUACAAUGCGAGGAUACAUCAUUCAAGCAAUACUAAUAACGCUCUCAUUAACAACACAAUUAAUUGAAGGUCAACUAACUUUGAAGUCUGCAUCGAAUCUAGUUUCAGAUGUGAACAUAGCCUGUAACAGUAACACAAUUCAAGUGACUAUAACAACAUCUUCCAACUUCAACGGGAUGAUAUAUCCGAAAGGUUUAUCCAAAAACUCAACCUGCAUGACAGAGUAUAAUAAUGCUGGUCCACAGAUCACGUAUACAUUACCUCUCAGAUCCUGCAAUACUAUGAGUGCUGAUUCGAAUGAGGGUAUUGAGUAUUUCAACACUGUUGUCAUUCAACCCCACAGAAGACUAGUCACCAGUCAAGGUCGUGGAUAUCAUGUUAGAUGCCGAUAUCAGAUAAAAGACCAAACAAUUACAUCCAAUUUCAAUGUUAGUAUGAUUGGUACAACGCCAGUUUUAGCUACUGCUCCAAUGCCAACUUGUACCAUGAAAAUAUUUGUUGGCGAUCCAGACGAAGCCAUUGUGGCAGAAAAUGUCAAAAUUGGCGAUCUACUGAGUCUUUCCAUAAGUAUUGAUUUUCAAGAUGUGUACGGCAUUAAAGUUACCAAUUGCCUUGUGAGAGACGGACUCAACUGGGGUGAACAACCCCUCAUCAAUAACGAAGGGUGUCCAGUAGACGAAGACAUAAUGGGGCCGCUUGAAUAUAUAAAUAAUAAAACAACGGCCCGUGUUGGCUUCCAAGCUCAUAAAUUUCCAUACACUUCCUCUGUAUAUUAUCAGUGCAACGUGAAGAUGUGUCUGAAAAACGCUGGAGGAUGUGAAGAUGUUCCACCCAUCUGCGAUGGAGGUUACAACAUUCGCCGAAGAAGAAGGAGAAGCAGCGACCAAUUAGAAGAAAAUGGCAACCUUCUUGCUUUGAGACAAGAAGAAAUUCACGCAAGAGAUAGGAGCGUAGAAGUCUUUUCUGGUCUUUACGUUAGUGAAGUGGAUGAACAACAAUCCAGUGAACUUCCUCUGGAAUCGGAUUUGAGACAUUUAGAAAGUGAUGAAUUCUGCGUAUCGACGAGAAAAUUCGCUGCUGGUAUUGCUGUUGCUGGAAUCCUUCUCAUGCUGGCAGUCAUGUUCCUGGUAGUGUGUGUUCUCCACAAACGUCGACGUAGGAAAGGUGCUUCAUCGGCAUCGUCUAUUUACUCUGGGCCUUAUUCUAAUCAUGCUUAUUCUAGGGACUAGAUAAUUUAAAAUUAGUUCAUUUUGAAACAUUGUCAUAACUGUUAGUUCUUCUUUUACUUUUUUUUUUAACAAUGUCUUUCACCUAAGCCAUGCUUAAUCUCUGGAUCAGGGUUUGGCUCUAGCUUAUUAAAACUUUAAUAGUGAUUGUAAAUUCAAGAUGAUGCUAGUUGCAAUUGUUUCAUAGGAUACCGCUAUAAUGUUUGCAGGGCUGCCAACUGCUCCGCUUUCUACAAAAUAUUUGAUAAAUGAAGACUUGAGAAAGAUUAGCUAAUUUCGCCAUCACCUUAAACGGUUCAUCACUACAUAACUAAAAUAAAAUUUAGUAUGAACCUUCAAAUAAUUUAUAUGUAGUCGUCUACAACAUCAAAAUCAAUUAAAUCAAAUUUACUUAACCAAGAACAACAAAUUAAAACAUACAUUUUGCUACGUUAUUAUAAGGGUGUUAUACAGGAAAGUUGCAAAGUUGUUAUACAGGAAUAUUUUUUUUACGAAAUGACAAACAGGUCUGCCAACUUUCUAAGCUUUUUUUACGAAAUUACUUUGAGUGGUAACUAAGUUUAUCUUUUAAUGCAUAACUCUUUGGUUUGUAAAUUUGAUUUAAAGGUAUUUUCCACGCCACUGAAUGGAAAUAAUUCUAAAGCUCAUAAGAAUCGGCUCUUUUUUAUAGCUCUCUCGUAAUGGAGCUUUUAAAAUGUUGGCAAACGAAAAUUCUGAAAGCUUUAGAGUUUAAUUGUCUAUCAUUCUAUAAAAAAUUUUGCAAAAAGCAUAGUACUUGGUAGCCCUGAAUAUAUAGUGGUGAGAAAUGAAUAAAAUAAUCGAAGUUUAUCUCCUUUUAGAGACCUCUAGUAUUAUUUGUUAUUUGAAAUAUAUUUUCGAAAACUAUUACACAUAUUACAAUAAUUGAUGCACGACAUUAAAGAGAAGAUUUCUUAUGGUUUUUAUACUCCCAUAUGUUUGAUAAGUUUCUAAUAUGUAAACAUUUAACAUUCAGCAUUCCAUUGUCACCUCAGCGAUAGCAUCAAUAGUCACCAUUUUCAAACUUAAAAAUUUCGUUACCUCAUUAUUUUGUGAUCAUCAGUUGUUUUAUAAUAUUGCAUCACAUAUUUUUAAAAAAAUAGUUCUUGCAUUAAUUAAAAUUGCAUUUUAAAGUGCAUGCAAGUGCAAAAGGUUAAUCUGUUAUCUUGUUCGCUCCACACAUUUCACCAAUGUUUCUAUCACUAUCAAUUGUCAGUUCUUUAAGUCACGGUGUCAAUUCUUCAACCUCUCACAAUUCACAAACCUUGAAGGUUUUAAUCUACAGUGCGCAAACAAAUAAACGGAGCAUAUUGAAUUAUUCUUGAUCUGAUGAUCAGUUCUUUACGUUCUAGGAUUCAAUCUUAAUGGUUCGAGGGCAUGACCUCAUAUAUGCUAAUCAAAUAGCGCAGCUAACUAAUUACGAAAUUACUUAUAUUUUAAGUUACGAAAUCAGACUUAAAAAUAUACUUUCUCUGAAUAAACAUGCCAUUUUUUUUUCAGAGAGAGACCAGUUUCGGAUUUCUGACCCCACAAAAUACCGGGAAUCUGGAAAUAAUUCCACUAUAAUAAAAAUGUCCAAUAGUUUCGUCAGAAGAGUGAUCUAAAGUUUGGACAAGUUAAUAUUAAUUUUAAUUUUUGCGUAUUUAGCCAUAUUUCGCGUACUUUUUAAGUGAAUUGAAAAAUGUUUGCAUCUAAUUAUAAAUUUGUUCAAAAUUAUUAAAUUUAAAAAUUUUGAGUUGAAAGAUAUACAAUUUCUUAUACAAUUUCAGAGAAUGUAAUUUUACGUGGCAAAAUGUAAAAUUUAAACAAAAUCGAAUAAAGAAUGUAAAAUUACAUUAUU